AUGUACGGUAAAGUAGCGAGCAACAUAAGCGACCUCACUCGCCUAUCCCGUUACAAGCUCCCACAGAACAACGGCAGAUUCACCACCGAAGACGCCCGAGCAUCUCCCGACGCGAAGAACUACAACAACGACGACAAUGAUCCCGCCAAGACAUUCGAUGAGAAAUUUCGAGAAUUGGUUCUCGCCGCUUUGGGAACCCCACAGGAUACACAAGAUCAAGCGGACAUUGUGAGAAAUUUAGAGAAGACGAGUACCAAGGCUCUUUUUGAUCCGGUUAUUGAAGCCUAUAAGAUUAUGCAGCCGGAGUUUUCGAAGAAGAAGUGGAAGCAGACGAUUGCUAAUGAGGUCGAGGCUCGAAAGGGGCAGAGACGUCAGAUUCAAGCUGUGGAGGCGAUUGAGAGGAUUUUGAAGGAUAGUAUGGAGGGGGCCACUAAGAUGAUGGAGGGAGAUGGCAAGAAGAAAGGGGUCGAUUCGAAGCAGACGGAGAUGGAAUCAGCGUCGUGA